AUGAGUAAUAUAGAAACAGGAGAGAUAGAUAAUAUAGAAACAGGAGAAGUGGGUAAUAUAGAAGUAAGAAAAGUGAAUAAUAUAGAAGUGGGAAGAAUGGGUAAUAUAGAAGUAGGAAAAAUGGGUAAUAUAGAAGUAAGAAAAGUGGGUAAUAUAGAAGUGGGUAAUAAUAGAGAAGUUAAUAUAGAAGUAGAUAAUAAUAGAGAAGUGAAUAAUAUAGAAAUGAAAAAAGUAAAUAAUAGAAAAACAGAAGAAGUGAAUAAUAUAGAAAUAGAAAAAGUAAGUAAUAUAGAAACAGGAGAAGUGGAUAAUAUAGAAAUAAAAAAAGUGAAUAAUAAUAGAGAAGUGAUAAUAUAG